UGUGACUGUCCGAAGCGGAUGGAAGUGUAUCCAUCCAAAAAAUCAUAUCUCGUGCGUGUAUUUUGUAUGUGUUGUUGUCUAGAGCUCGAUUACCGUUGGAAAAAUAAAAUAAUAUUAUCAUUCUAAACGAGGUGUAAAAAAUAAAUAUUUAAAAAAAUAACACAGACCCAACCUAUAUCUUAUAUUUUGCCGCCAGAAGUUAUUUUAGCACCUGUGUCAUUCAUCUCUAUUUUUUUUUUCAAAAAGGAUUUACAGUUAGUUUUUUUUCAAUAUUUCGAGCAUGAUUAUGAAAUUUUAAAGCUUUCCAAUAAAGUGAAAUAGAAUUUUGUGUGAUAAUUUCCACAAAAAUCUGUGAAUUGUGUAGUGAAAUAGCUUUUUAGUACAAAUUUAGUACAUUUUUUAGUACAAAAGGCCUAAAAAACGAUUAAAAUGCAUACCCUUUUCACCGAUCAGAACUCUUUUUCGCGGCAUUAUGCCCAAACAGCAGGCUACCCUUCAGCCGGUCCAGGUAUGACCCCUGCCGCUGCUGCCCAUUACGCUUAUGACCAAUAUUCCCGUUACUCUUAUCCAGCGUCGGCAUAUUCGCUCGGUGGACCUCAUCAAAACAAGGAAAUUGUCAAACCACCAUAUUCUUAUAUCGCUUUAAUAGCUAUGGCAAUUCAGAAUUCUGCUGACAAAAAAGUCACUCUAAACGGGAUCUAUCAAUACAUUAUGGAACGGUUCCCGUAUUACCGGGACAACAAACAAGGAUGGCAGAACUCUAUCCGGCACAACUUGAGUCUAAAUGAGUGUUUUGUUAAAGUUGCGAGGGAUGACAAAAAGCCGGGUAAAGGAAGCUACUGGACAUUAGACCCGGACUCUUAUAACAUGUUUGAUAACGGAUCAUUCCUUCGACGUAGACGUCGCUUCAAGAAGAAGGAUGUCCUCCGGGAGAAGGAGGAAGCAAUGAAACGCCAAGCUAUGAUGAAUGAGAAACUAGCUGACAUUAAACCUUUGAAACUUAUGCCAAAUGGAAUUCUUGACAUGAAGCACGCCCAAUUCAAGAAAGAACCGCUAAUGGACAUGGCUACUGGAUGUUUAUCGAAGGACGGUCACCUUUCUGUAGGCACAGCAGCAAUGCUAAGUUCCUGCCAUGAUAGUCUCGCCCAGCAAAUGAAUCUCAAUCUGGGAACCUCCAUGGAACACGGUUUCAGUGUUGACUCACUGAUGAAUGUCUACAAUCCAAGAAUCCACCACACCACCUAUCCGUACCACCUGAAUGAAGAGAACCUUGCCGCGACGGCCGCAGUUGCCGGUGGUCAACUCCGUCACCCACACCAUCACCAUCCACAUCACAGUAAUCCACAUCAUCAUCAUCCGCAUGGCGGCUGGUAUACGCCCGAAACGCCACCUGAAUCCGUCCUAAAUCACACAAACAACAACAACAAUAAUAGCAGCAGCAACAACAAUAACAACACCAAUACAAAUCCCAUUUCAUCAGCUAGCAAUAACCAUGCGUCUUCGGUAGCGGCGGUAAUUGCUGCGACCACAAGUCCCACAAUAACCACCUCCGUCGGCUUUCGUGAUAUGGUCUUUGAACAUAAUCAAUCCUGCCAAGUGGAUACGGGCAGUCCAAAUGGCAGCAUUCAGUCAGCUAGUCCCCCAGCAGCGGUCACUAUUGGCGGCCAUCAUUCGCAUCAUCAUGCGGCGGCGUUAAAUCAUCACCAUCAUCAUUUGCAUGCGGGUAAUCUGAGUAAUUUGAGUAACCUUAGCAAUUUGACACAUUAUCGACCCCAUUAUCAAGAUUAUGGGAUCAAAUAUGGCGUCUAGAUGAUGACGAUCUUGUAGGUUAAAUUUAUUUUUUUUUUAAUUUGUGUACAAAAAAUAAAUGUUUUUACAUAUUUUUUUUAUUGAUAUAAAUAAGUUUGUAAAUAAAUAAAAAUGAGAAGUUAAGUUAUGUUGUAAAUGAUAAAUUAAAUUUUUAUUUUUAUAAUUUUUAAUAAAUUUUUUUUAUUUUAUUCGAA